AUGAAGACCAUCAAGUCAACAUCAAGUUGGGAAAGGAACUGUUUUUCACUGCAGAAAAAGACAUUGCCAACACCGUGCUGGAAGGAAGGCAGUAUGAUGGACGACCUGCUUGAUGUGCUUUCCAGAAUGGGAGGACACACUGCACCUGAUGGAGACACUGCUGAGGACAUCAAACUGCACACAAAACAGCUAAUCCAAGAGCCAGUGUGCACGUUCCGGUUCCCCAGCACAAACAUAAAGAUCUCAUUCACGGCCUUGUCCAGUGGCAGGAAAGUGAAACGUGAAGCUCCAGAAUCUCCAGUUAAAGCGGUUCAGCCUCAGAUCUCUCCUUUAACCAUCAGCAUCCCAGAAAACAUCGCCCACCUCAUGAGCCCCCUGCCCUCCCCCACAGGGACCAUCAGUGCUGCUAACUCGUGCCCCUCCAGUCCACGGGGGGCAGGCUCCUCUGGGUACAGACUGGGCAGUCGAAUGGUGAGCUCAGCAGAACUUCAGCUCAUAAACGAUAACUCGCAACCAGAGCACGAGAAGGACAACUCCGGAGGGGACAGUCCCAAGGACGACUCGAAGCCUCCGUACUCCUAUGCACAGUUGAUUGUCCAGGCCAUCACUCUGGCUCAGGACAAACAGCUCACUUUAAACGGCAUCUACAACCACAUCACCAAGAACUACCCCUACUACCGCACCGCCGACAAGGGCUGGCAGAACUCGAUCCGUCAUAACCUUUCUCUGAACCGGUACUUCAUAAAAGUGGCCCGGUCUCAGGAGGAGCCGGGGAAAGGUUCGUUCUGGAGGAUAGACCCGUCGUCUGAAGCUAAACUGGUGGAACAGGCCUUCAGGAAACGCAGGCCCAGAGGAGUCCCCUGCUUCAGAGCCCCACACGGACCCCUCUCAUCCAGGAGUGCACCGGCGUCUCCCAACCACUCGGGGGUGCUCUGCUCACUCCAGCGGUGUGCAGACCCCGGACAGCCUGUCGAGGGAGGGCUCACCUGUCCCUCUGGAGGUCGACACGUCUGUCCCCGCCCCCAGCGCCAACGUGCAGCCCAAACUAAUCCAGGAGACGAGAUUCGCACACAACACGCCAGGGUCCCCAGUGAGCAGUUCGUCGGUGCUGAUCGCGGUGCAGAGGCCCAUAGCUCAGAGCCUGAAGCCCGUCACGUACACCAUGGCCUCCCCCGUCAGCUCCAGCUCACAGCCCCCCUACAGACCGUCCACGUACUGCAGCAGAUCCCGGCCGGAACCGUGCUCCAACCGGCCACUCUAAUCAAGAGCGAGGGCCAGGAGAACGGAAACCACGCCGACGUCAAAGCAGUGAAAGUUGAGACAGUUCUUCCGGCUGUGGGCUCCAUAGGUCCCUCUGCUCCGGUGAUCCAAGGCCCCCAGAGCUCUUCCUCUCUGCAGACACUCACCAUCCUCCCACAGCCUCCUCUGGGCACGCACCAGCUGCCCAUCAAGACCAUCACCCAGAACGGGACACACAGCCUCGCCACUGCCAUCCAGGGGCACAGCUCAGCCGCCGCCAGCCCCCUCCACCUGUUGGCCGCCCACGCCUCAGCCUCCGCCUCCCUCCCGACCAAACGCCACAACGGAGACCAGAGCGCGGAGCAGCAACCGGACGCCAAACGCUCCAAACCGGACCCAGAACAGGCCACGCCCACUUCCUCCUCCCCGACAUUCACUUCCUGUCCUCCCUCCAACGACACGGCGGCAGCUAACGACCAGAGCGGCGACCUCAACUAACUCAUCCCGACCCCGAAACCUCCCCUACACCGCAACCAAAAAACACCGACACGAGUUUAAAGCACUUGAAAUAUCUGAGUAGUUUGAACUGGUCAGAAUAUUUACUUAAAAACUUUGACUUUGACUUGGUUCAGUGUGUCUUUUCUUAUUUUGAAGCUAAAAUA